AUGGCCGGCCUUAUGCUAGUUGGUUUAUCUUUGAGGAAAAGGCUCACCCACAAGAAGAGGAAAGCGUUUACAAUUGCUAUAGAUGGUCCAGCAGGAAGUGGGAAGAGUGCGGUAGCCGAGAUGCUCGCUAGCAGAUUGAGCGGGUUCACUAAACUCGAUAGUGGAGCUCUCUAUCGUAGCAUUGCUUUAUUUGUCGACGAAGGAGACAUAAAGGGGGGCAUUGAAUCAUUGGCUAAUGAAACUAUACGAGCUUUAUUGGACCAGAUCAUCUUCACCGAUGAUAAGAGGGUGUUUGUUGGUAAUCGUGAUAUAACAGACGCCAUAAGAUCACCUCCGAUAUCAAUACUUACGGCCAAGAUAGCCCAGAUACCUCAAGUUAGAGCUGCCGUUGUGAACUCCUUGAGAACUAGAGCUGAUAACUGCAAGGAAGGUGUUGUUAUAGAGGGGCGUGAUACAGGAUCGGUAGUAUUCCCCGAUGCCGAGGUAAAAGUAUAUCUGGAUGCCUCAGCGGAGGAGAGAGCACACCGUCGGCAGAGACAAAUAGGCGGUGAUUUUGCCCGUACGUUGGCUGAUAUUAAGGCGAGAGAUCAGGCGGACUUCUCUCGAAAGCUGGAUCCCCUUAGAGUUGCCGAUGGAGCAGUUGUCAUGGACUCUACGGGUUGGAGUGUAGAGAAGACUGUUGAUGAGAUAUCCAAAUUGGUGUACAAGCGACGUCCUCAUACUACAAUGCGCACUGAGUGA